UCGUUAAUUACAUAUCAUCCAUCAAUCACAGCUUAGCGAUGAAGUUGAAAGUGUACAUUUGCCAAGUAAUCUUCUCAUUUCUUGCAGUAUCUGUCUUCUGCGAGGAAAACUGUAACAUUCCCGAAUCGGAACUAUCAAAAAUCGACCAUGUACUCAGACACAUGGAAAAGCCAAUCUACUCGGAAGAACAAUUUGCGAGCGACAACGAAGAAUGCACCAACCUUCUGAAUGGGAUCCACGCUCAGCUGCGCCGACUAACCCAGCGGUACAAACUUAUGAACAAGGGCUACGUCAAAGUAGAAGAGUACCAACGGAUGGCAGACGACUACGAAAAACAACUCAAAACUUUGAACGAUGAACUGGUGGAAUUACAGCAGCACACUAGCGAAAAAGCAAGUGCCACCAUCGCCAAGCUCAAAGAGGACAUCAAAAAGCUCGAUGAAGAAGUGGGAACUCUUCACGAGAAGCUCAAGGGCAUCAAACAAGACUUCGAAAAGGUAAAACGGGACUUGUGCGUGACUUAUCUGAACUCGAACCAGAUGAGCAAGGCCAAAGCCAAGCUGAAAGAGAUGGCGUCGACUUAUCUUAUUGAAAUCGUUCAACAGCAGCUGAACAAGAGCAAUGCCAAUAUUAUGCCGAUGUUGGAAUUUAGUGCGGCCAUUCCGGAUUUGGACGACAUGGGGGAGGCAUACAAGGAGAUUUAUAAGUUUCUCGAGGAGCAAAAGCGAUUGGAAGGAGAGGAUUCCGUUUUACUGGAGGCGACUGUGUUGAAAAUGAAUGCUUCACUGAAAGAAGGAUCUAACAUCACGGAUGAAAGGAGAACGCAAAUUGAAGGAUUGUUGAAAGAUUUGGCGACGAAAUCUACUAUUGUUUUUAGCACGUGGACAAAGGAGUUGAAGAAGAUUAACGAUGCUGUGGUAAUCAAGAAUGCGCUAGAUCACAUGUUCGUGAGUCAGAUGAAAGUUUUCGGUGCUCUGGUUGGUGAUACAUCCGAUUUUGGCAGCAUUCGAAAUUUUGUGAAGUUGACAGUAGUGUGUAAUAAUUAUUAUAAGGUGGCGGCAUAUAAGGAAUUGAUCGACAGGAAGAUCGGUAAUGCGUUAGGUACGAUUAUGUUUGAUCUGCUCACGUUGGAAGUGAACGAGAUGAAGUUCGAUCCGCAUGUUCCAGAUGAAAUUCCCAAACUGUUUGAAGCUACUCUCAGUUCACUCCCGAACAGCCUCACUGAACUACGAACGUGUUUGGGCAAAGUUCAAAUUUACAACAAGAAAACCAACAAAUGCGUAGUCGCUACGGGAAAUGAUUUCGAUGUCCAUAAGGAUAAACUCGGCGAUUUCUAUCGGGUGGUAGUCGCAGAUUACGGUUGCACGUCGUUCCGUUUGGAAGCUUCAGGCGAUAAAGCUUCGGUUAGAAUCGUGACUCCAUCAGGGAAUCCAAUGUCCAACGUGAAUUUGCAUCUAGAGGGAAACUCGCUGCACAAUUAUGUUGCAACUCCAAAAUCGAAUAAACCGGAUAGGACUCCUUCCAGUAGUGACGAAUGGAUACUGGAUGCUAAUUAUAACAACGAUACAAUCAAAAUCGAGUCCCAGUUCAGCGAUUACAAAACAAAGAAAACAGAGGUGGAUCAUUUACUAGUGAGGGAUAUCAACCAUUUGCCACAUGUCCUGGUGGCUCGGUACGGAUUUAUGGGACUGAAAAAUUCUGAUGCUAAGGAUACUAUCGAAUGGAACUUGAAAUGCGGAUCCUAAAGCUAACUUUAAUUUUAAUUCCACUUUUAAAAGCAAGUACCCUCAAUAAAUCGAUUACUGUUUUCGUUUUGUUUCGAUGGUUUCGUCCGCCGAAACUGUGAAGCAGUAAGUUAAACCAUUAAAAAUAUUAGAAAUGACAUAGUUAUGGUUAUAUGAAUUAUUUCACGAUAUUCAAUUAUCCCUUAAAAUAGUUUUCAACUAUUAUUAAACUGUUAUACAAAUUUCCCAAUUGGCGGAAAACGUGUCUCUAGAGCCGGCCUUCUGGUACCUGACGCUUUCAUGUGGCACUACAAUUCACUUAGCCAUGUUGGUUAUUCCACAAUACCUUGAAUAAAACAUUGUCUCCAAAUAAUGCUGUACGACAGAAUUACAUCCCACAAAACAUGAUGCACAUUUUGCACACGUAAGGCAGUGUCCCUCGGCAAAACAUCUUCGCAAAGAAUGUGCAAUCCAACCCGCAAUAAAUCAAUUUUGAUUACAUAA